AGGCCGGCGGCGGCUACGCGCCGCGCGGCAAGCGCGCGCUCGGCUUCGCCCUCACCCUGUCCGGCGCCGCCGUCUACGCGUUCAUCCUGUCCCUCCUCGAGGUCACCUUCGACCGGGUGAUCCGGGCGCGGACGCUGCGGUGGGUGCUCAGGAUGCAGAUCUACACCAACGUGGUGGCCUCGGCGGUAGCGGCUGCGGCGAUGCUCGCGACGGGGGAGUGGGGGGCGGUCCGCGGGGAGGUGGCCCGGUACAGGAGCGGGACGGCGAGGUACGCGGCGACGCUGCUGGGGAUCGCGGUGGCGUGGCAGGCGGCGACGCUGGGGAUGGUGCGGCUCAUCACGAGGGCGUCGUCGCUGUUCGCCAACGUGACGAGCACCCUGGGGCUGCCGCUGGUGCCCAUCCUCGCGGUGCCGCUGUUUGGGGACAGGAUGACGGGGAUCAAGGUGGUGGCCAUGCUCAUGGCGGUGUGGGGGUUCCUCUCGUACGUGUACCAGCACUACCUCGACGACCGACGCGUGCAGGAUGAUGCUCGGGAGAAGGAGAGCUCCGCGCCGGCGGGCUGCAAACUCUGCUCGCGCGAGGAUGGGAAGCCAGUCGAUUGUGCCAUGCCCAUUCGGGACAGUGCUGUGGCUGAGCAAGGUGCUCCGCGCGUGUAGGCGUAGCUAGCUAGCCCUCCGUUGCUUGGUUGACGUGGCAUGGCGUCAACAUGACCUUUUUCUUGAAAAUUAGUUUCAGAACUCAUGUCUGUUGACGACGUCGACGUUUAAACAAUCUUCUUUUGCAGACUUGCAGUGGCCCUAUUACUACAUUUAUAUUGUUCGAAAUGUUGUUUGUUUCCAAAUUGGUUAAUUAUUCCCUAUUUCAA